AGAAACUGAGUAACAGAAACUGAAUAUCCUCAUCUACCUUCUCAUAAAAAUACAUGUUUUCAAAGAAUCUUCUUGACUGAUAUUCUGAAGCAUUCAAUACAGAAUGGAUAUUAACAGAAUGGUUUCCAACAGCAUCCGUAGUGAGCAGCUAUAUGUUGAAAACAUUGUACAAUUAUUUUUCAGUUCUCUUUAUGAUCUUAAUAUUUUGCGGUUGGUAAAAAGUAAGUUAGCAACCUUCUAGGAUAUACUGAUUUUAAGUAAUUGUAGACACACUUUCAUGCAUACACACAUACCCACACAUAAUAAUUUAUUGAGUUAUUUGUUUAAUUUAAAACACUUAAAUUUACUUACUUACUUACUUACUUACUUACUUACUUACUUACUUACUUACUUACUUACUUACUUACUUACUUAUUAAAAGAAUCAAGUUUCUCUCUCUAAGACUUCCAUCUCAACAGCUGGAGGCAUUGUCAAGAGAUGACUGUAAAAAGCAAUCCAGCUGGAGAAAAUCAAACAAUUCCCAUGAUGUUUAUUCUUCUGGAUUUCAACAUUGGGGAAUUUCAGCCUUUAUUUUCUAUAUUCUUUCUACUCAUCUACCUUAUAACUAUGACUGGAAAUAUUCUUAUUGUCCUUCUAGUGAUAGUCAACCAAAAACUUCACACACCUAUGUAUUUUUUUCUGGGAAACCUGUCCUUCCUAGAAACUUGCUAUAGUUGCACUAUCAUGCCAAGGAUUGUGGUCAGGUUUCUGAGUGGAGAUAACACUAUUUAUAUUAGAGGAUGCUUCACACAACUUUAUUUCUUUGGAUAUCUUGCAACCACAGAAUGCUAUUUUCUGGCUGUAAUGUCUUAUGACCGCUAUUUAGCAAUAUGCAAACCAUUGCAUUAUGCAAUGCUUAUGAAUAGCAAAACUUGCAUCCUGCUUAUUACUGGGUCAUGGAUAAGUGGUUCGUUGUUUAUCAGUUUUAUCAUAUACCUUGUAUCUAAACUGAGUUUUUGUGGACCCAACAAAAUUAACCAUUUUUUCUGUGAUUUGAUCCCAUUGAUAAGGCUCUCGUGUGAUGAUGUCACUUUGGUGGAAAUUACAGCUUUCAUUAUCUCCUUCAUAGGAACUCUGGUUCCAUUUAUUAUAACUUUGACCUCUUAUGUUUACAUCAUUAAGAACAUUUUGAGAAUCCCAUCCAUAAAAGGAAAACAAAAGGCAUUCUCAACUUGUUCCUCUCAUCUCACAGUGGUAGGUUGCUUCUAUGGCUCCCUAAUAAUUGUUUAUGUCUUACCAAACUUAAAUUCAUUGAAUAACCCAAAGAAACUGUUUUCCCUGUUCUAUACUCUACUCACUCCUUUGGUCAAUCCCAUUGUCUAUAGUUUAAGGAACAAUGAAGUAAAGGGAGCAAUGAAGAAAAUAUUCACUAUAAUUCCUAAAGGUCACUGACACUUUAGGUAUAAAAACAAAAAAUGGUUUUAUUGACCUUCCAAUGAGAUCUUUAAAAAUGUUAAAUAAUACAGAGACCACUUUAUGUUUCUAUGUCAGGUUAAAUGCACCUCUCUUGAAUAGGGCUCAUUCUCAAGAGUAAAAAUGAUUGUAGUUUGAGAAAAUGUUUUAAUGUGUUUCAUAUAUAUCUUCAUAACUGAAACAGUUUUUAGCCAGAUUCGAGCCCUCCCUCCAGAAAUAGCAGCUAUCAACCACUUGGGAGUUUAAAACAUUGGAUAAAUACUGAGAUCUUAAUUGGAAUCCUAUUUCCUAAAAUUGGUGGAUUAUAAGAUUUGCAACUUUCUGCUCU